AUGAGGAGAUGUGCUGGCGUGGAAAUUGACGCAGCGCGAGCAAAAUAUGCCACAUCACAAGGAGGAAUCAAAGAGGCAGGGCUUGUACCUGCUGAUACAAAUAGUUAUCCGCCUCUUGUCUGGAUUGAUGGUAUUUUAUCUCGAGAAGAAUCAUUUGAUUACUUACCAUACCAACGAUGUUCAAAAGUACCUGGUAUGGAUUACAUGUGUUACAAAUCAUCACUAUUUACAGCAUUAAAUGAAAUGUGUAAAUACUAUCCACACAAAUUUAGCGUUUAUCCAAAGACACUAAUGCUUCCAAACGAAUUCUUAGAGUUCCAGCGUGAACAUAUGCAGAUUUGUUCGCGCUCAACUACACCUCCGACAUGGGUUGUUAAACCUAGAAACUCAUGCUGCGGUGCUGGUAUUACAAUUAUACAAUCUGUGCAUGAAGCAUCACAAGUUACAGAACAAUCAGUAAUUCAACAGUAUGUAAAACCAUAUUUGGUCAAUGAUAGAAAAUUUGAUUUCAGAUUUUACGUUUUAAUAGCUUCAAUGUGCCCAUUGAGGCUCUUUAUUUACAAAGAAGGUAUCGCUCGUUUCUGUUCUGAGCCUUUUCAGAUGCCUUCUCGUGCAAAUCGCGAAGAUAAUUUUAUUCACCUAACAAAUACCGCAAUCAACGUUAAAAACGGGGAUGCAUCACCAGAAGACUUUACAAAGAAAGCAACCGACGUGUUACGAUCGAUCUGCCAAGCAAAUCCAGAAGGAAAAAACAUCUGGCCUCGAGUUAAGCAUUGCGCGAGGGCAGUAAUCAUCGGAAUAUUACCCAAACUUAUUUCUUUACUACCAAAACAGCGAGAACAACGACUCAUUCCUUUGUAUUUGCAAAGAGCUCGGCAAGAUUACAGACAAAGAAAGCGCGAAGAGAUGAAAGGCGACGAGAACAAGAAAGAAGAUGGAAGACCAAGCCAAUGCCCAGUAGAAGAAAAGGAAAAGGAGCAAAUCGAAGAAUCUGCACUUCCUCCUUUGAAUAAAAGCAGAAAACUCAACAAUUCGCCAACAUCCAAGCCACAACCAAAGCAAGAAUCACAUUCCCAACUACCAACUCUGUCUGAAUUCUCUUCUAGACGAAGAUCUUUGAGUCAAUCACCACAUCGCAAGCCACAACCUGUUCCUACCGAGCAGAAACAGGAACAGCCGACCAAGGAAGUAUCAGAAGAAGAGCAUCCACAGGAAACAAUCCAUCAAUCCCAAGAUUUUCUUCAUCCACAGCCAGAAACAACAGAAAACAAAGAACCGAAGAAAGGACGUGGAUUACCACCCCUCAAACCUGUGGCCAGAUACUUCCAUAUCCUUGGUAUUGAUGUAAUUUUAGAUUCAGAUCUUCAUCCAAAGAUUUUAGAGUUGAAUGAUCGACCAUCUCUAUCUGUAACUGUUGAUUUUGAGAAAGAUCUCAAAACUGGAUUCAUCAGAGACUGUUUUGAGCAUGUUACAACAACUGGUGAAUCUAAUGGCGAAUCUGAUAAAUCCGGCUGGGAGCAGAUCUAUCCAAUAUUGCCUGGCGAUAUUGAUGACCCUGCUACGUGGGAUGAAAUAGUUAGAAAAGCAACUCAUCCGAAACCGAACGGUGAAAUUGACGCUGUUCCGGUCCAACAACCUCGUCAACCACUUGUUGGACUUGGUUCAACGCAGCCUAAAAAGAAAAAGAAAGGAAAGAAAGGAAAAUCAGGUAAGAAAUCAAAACAAAAAUAA